UUUCUCUUCUCUCCUUUUUCUCUCUCUCUCUCUCCCUCUCUCUCUCUCGCCAGUCAUCGUCUCUCGCCGCCACCUCCGUUCCGUUCCCGCCACUCUUCGAAGCCCUAACCCUAACCCUAACCCUAACCCUAACCCUAGAAGUCCGAAGAGAGAAGCGCCUUUUGCUAUAGCUUUUUACCGUUUCCUCUCUCUAAGGCUCGGGGGCAUGGCCCCGUCCGUCCUCUCCGACUCCUCCUCGGCGGUGGCCGCGCCGCGGCUUGUUCCCCCCAUGCAGAGGAAUCUGCUACAAGCCCGUGCCCAUGCGCUCAGAUUCCACCGCUCCGUUUCGGUUCCGUGGCGAUUUUCGGGGCUUGCCUCGUCUCGCUCCGCCGUGUCGCGAGUUCGGGGUUUGGCCAGAGCUGCUCCAGUGGCUAUGACCUCUGAUACCUCUGCUAAAAUCAUUGACGGGAAGUCGGUCGCAAAUCAAAUAAAGGAUGAAAUUGCUGGAGAAAUAGCUAGGAUGAAGGAUGCGAUCGGCAUAGUUCCGGGUUUAGCUGUCAUUCUAGUCGGGGCUAGGAAGGACUCUCAAACUUACGUCCGUAACAAGAAGAAAGCUUGUGAAGCUGUUGGCAUCAAGUCUUAUGAAGCUCAUUUGCCUGAAGACAGCACGGAGGAAGAAGUUCUUAGGCAUAUAUCGGUCUUUAAUGAGGAUCCAUCAAUUCAUGGAAUUUUGGUUCAGUUGCCUCUGCCUCGACAUAUGAAUGAAGAGAACAUUUUGAAUGCCGUUAGUAUUGAGAAAGACGUCGAUGGUUUCCACCCCCUGAACAUAGGUCGUCUUGCAAUGCAAGGUCGGCAACCCUUGUUUGUUCCCUGUACUCCUAAGGGAUGCAUGGAAUUGUUACACAGGUAUGGUGUUGAAAUCAAGGGGAAGAGAGCUGUUGUAAUUGGCCGCAGCAACAUCGUGGGGACCCCUGCUGCUUUGUUAUUACAGAAAGCCAAUGCAACCAUAACCAUUGUGCACUCAUACACUAAAAAUCCAGAGGAAAUAACCAGGCAAGCAGAUAUUGUCAUCUCAGCUGCUGGAGUUGCCAAUUUGGUGAGGGGUAGCUGGAUAAAACCUGGAGCUGUGGUGAUAGACGUCGGUAUCAAUCCGGUCGAUGAUGCUGAGAGCCCUCGAGGUUACCGGCUGGUCGGCGAUGUGUGCUAUGAAGAGGCUUCGAAGGUAGCUUCGGCGAUCACGCCAGUUCCUGGCGGGGUGGGUCCGAUGACCAUAGCAAUGCUUCUGUCUAAUACACUCGAUUCAGCAAAAAGGAUCCACAACUUCAAGUGAUUUUCUCAAAUUUCAUUUACCGUUGAAAUAACUGUACUUUUGACCACCAUAUAUUCGAUUCCCUCCAAAAUGGGAUUAAAUUAUGGAAUAAUUUUGACAAGAGCUGAUAAACUGGUUAGAGCAAUUUUUUUACAUUUUACUGUACCUCAGCAGUCAUAGGGCACUACCUGUGAUUUUUGUUAAAAAGAAUAAUGUACCUCAGCUUCUUUUUUUUCUUUUUUUCUUUUUUUUUCUUGUGGCAGUAAACAAGCUCUUCGUUUUCCUAAUAAAGUUUACUAUAAAUUGAUCUAA